CGAUGGACCACUGAAUGCGUGUUCACCUGCAGCCCAUCAUGUUCGGGGAUGUUCUCUGGGCGUGUUGUCCUCCCUCUCCUGCUCCUGGCAGUACUGAUUACCGUAUUUCUUCCUUUCACACGUCCGAACCAAAAGCGGACCGAGCCAACUGCAGGAUCACAGCUGGGCGUAACAGGCACUUCCACAUCACUUUGGACACCUUCCUCAACAGAUACUAGCCCUGCGAAUACGUCGCUUUCAUCGCUUCAGAUGGCGGGUCUACAACCGUUGAAGCUGAUGAGCAUCGCGCCGCGUCGUAAGCAUACCGCGACGGUGAUCAUGAUCCAUGGUGUGGGCGAGUCCGGUGCCUCAUGGAAACCCAACAUGGAGAGACUCGCUGCAGACUCUGGGCUGAGCCAUGUGAAGUGGGUUCUACCGUCAGCUAUCCUCACAGGGUCGGAGGCCGUCGAUGCCCCAUGGCCUGCAUGGUUCGACGUAUUCAAAUACCCCGAGGACGAAGCGGGUAUCCUUGCCGCCGCUCGUGAGAUCAACCAACUGAUCUCUGCCGAAGUCGACGCGGGCAUUCCUUCAAGCCGGAUUGUCCUUGGAGGUUUUAGCCAAGGCGGCGCGAUGAGCAUCACGACGGGACUCACCUCCGAGCGAAAGCUCGCUGGGGUGUUCGUGCUGAGCGGGUGGCUCCCGCUGACGAACAAAUUCAAGAUGAUGGCAUCGGACCAUGUCAAGUCCAUUCCUAUAUUCUGGGGGCACGGCAAGCAGGACCCGGUCAUCUCGUAUCAGUUCGGUCUGCGUUCGGUGGAUGCGCUGCAAAACAGGGUGGGCGUCCCGCUUGCGUCUCAAGACGCCCCGCAGAAAGGAGGAAUAUCGUUCCACGCGUACGACGAUCUGGACCAUGCGGCGAGCAACAAAGAGUUGCGAGAUCUGUCUGAUUGGUUGAAGAUCGUGUUGCCUGCAGCGUAAAGAAACAUUAUAGAGUACACAGUGUCUUACUGAUGUAUGAGCGCAUGAAAUUUCGGCGCAUUUGGAUACCCAUGAGUUGUACUACUGUAGAGAACCAUCUGCAAAUAUAAAGCGCCGUUCGACAGUGGUCCCAUCACGG